CUUAGCUGGUUAUCAAUCCCCUCGCCCGCCAUGAGUGGGCUGUUCUAUAAAGUCCCUCGGUUCUCCAACGUCUUAGCUCGGUGUUCCUAUCGACCUACCUUUCCUCCCUUCACUUCCAAGACCUUUCUCUCUGCCCAAUUGUUUUCAUCUUCUGCUGCUGCUACUGCCGCCAAGAUGAGCUCCCCCGAUAUCACUUUGUAUACCGCUCAGACUCCCAAUGGAAUUAAGAUCUCCAUUGCAUUGGAGGAGCUGGGCCUGCCCUACAAGGUCGAAAAGAUCGAUAUCUCCAAGAACACCCAGAAGGAGCCAUGGUUCCUCGAAAUCAACCCGAACGGCCGCAUCCCCGCCCUGACGGACACCUUCACCGACGGCCAGAAGAUCCACCUCUUCGAGUCCGGCGGCAUCCUGCUGUAUCUGGCCGAGCAGUACGACAAGGACUACAAGAUCUCCUUCCCGCGGGGCACGCGCGAGUGGUACGAGAUGAACAACUGGCUGUUCUUCCAGAACGCCGGCGUCGGCCCCAUGCAGGGCCAGGCCAACCACUUCGUGCGCUACGCCUCCGAGCACGUCCCCUACGGCAUCAACCGCUACGUCAACGAGACCCGCCGCCUGUACGGCGUGCUGGACAAGCGGCUCCGCGAGAGCACCUCCGGGUUUUUAGUGGGUGACCACAUCUCGCUGGCUGACAUCUCGCACUGGGGGUGGGUGACGUGCGCGGGCUGGUCGGGCGUCGACAUCGACGAGUUCCCCCACCUCAAGGCCUGGGAGGAGCGGCUGCUGCAGCGCGAGGGCGUCGAGAGGGGUCGCCAUGUGCCCUCGCCGCAUACCAUCAAGGAGAUGAUUAAGGAUAAGGAGGCCGCGGAGAAGAGUAUGCGCGAGACUAAGGAGUGGGUGUUGAAGGGGAUGCGGGAAGAUGCGAAGAAAUAGGGGACCCUGUUUGGCUGUGUGGGGUGGGGAAGUUAGUGAACUGUAAUAAUGAAUAAAUCAUGAAUCAAUCUUAAUUUCAUUUUCUGGCGCCAU